AUGUCUGUAAAUCCAUCAAAUAAAAUCCUGGUGCAAGACAUACCGUCCGAUGCUAUUCUCGAAUUCAAGAGAUCACUGUCAAAGGAAGCUCGGGUUUUAUCAGCGACUACGACUGAUGAAGUAGAAGCAAGAGAGUAUAAAGAAGCGUCGGUUUGGUGGGCUGAUAAUUCAGCUAAACCGGCUGGUGUUAUUGUCCAGGUAGCUGAAUUAGACGACAUUGCCAAAACAAUAAACUUUGUACGUAUCCACAAUCUCGAUUUUGCGGUUCGCGCCGGCAGACAUUCAACUUCUGGUGCAUCUUCCACAAACGGCGGUCUUCUUCUCGACUUGAAAAAACUAAAUAAAGUACGUGUAGACCCGGAAAACAAGCUUGUAUACGCACAAGGUGGAGCAUUAGGAAAAGAUAUUGAUAAUGAGGCAUCACAACAUGGAUUGGCAUGUGUCUGCGGAGUAGUUGAUGAUACUGGGAUUGGAGGUUUGACCCUUGGCGGUGGUUUUGGAUAUUUGACUGGUCGUUAUGGUCUUAUGAUUGACAAUCUCGUAAGCGCAACGAUAGUAAUUGCAGACGGCUCAGUAAAGCAUGUCUCUUCGACUUCGAAUCCCGAUUUGUAUUGGGGAAUACGUGGUGGCUGCAGUAAUCUCGGCGUGGUGUAUGAAUUUGUUUAUAAAGCACAUGACCAAAAAAAUAAAGUUUACGCAGGAUUGUUAGGAUUUGAAGCAGAGAAACUACAAAGUGUUGUUGAAGCGUGUAAUGAAUGGUUUAGAAAAAGAACUGAAGAUGAAAGUGUAAUGCUGAUAAUUGGGCGUCUUCCCCCUGAAUUUAAACCAGUCAUUAUUUGCGUAAUAUUCAACAAUUCAGAUUCCGAAGAAUUAUAUCUCCAGCGUUUCGAGCCAUUUCUUCGUCUCCCAGCAUUCAUGAAUCAAGUUUCUCUUAUGCCAUAUCAAACUGUCAACACACUUUGUAAUAACUUUACACCAUACGGUGGUCGUAAAGCAUUCAAAUCCGUACUAUUAUCUCAAUUUAGUUAUCCCGUCAUCUCAAAUGCUUAUAAAAGCUAUGUUUCUUUCACUGAUGCUUAUCCGGAUGCUCAAGAAACAAUAAUAGCCCUUGAAUGCCACGAUGGACGAAAAAUGGCAACUGUCAAACGAGAAGAUACAGCAUUCGGAUUUCGACAUAAUUUUUUCAACCUUAAUAUCGGGCAAAAAUGGUACAAGCCUGAGAAUGAUCUGAGAGUUAACGAAUGGGCUACUUCGAUCGCUAAAGAAUUUGAGAAGAGCAGAGAUGUCGCUGGAUCUUAUGCGAAUUUUAAUAGUGUGUUUGAUGAAUUACAAGAUGGAACUAUUGAUGACAGAGAAAAAAGAGCGAAAAAAGUUUUUGGUGAGAAUUUGCAGCGGAUGAAAGAAUUAAAGAAAAAAUAUGAUCCGAAUGUUCUUUUUGAUAAAUGGGUUGUUAUAGUGUACACGUUCUCUUCUUCGAGGAUAUCCUCCCGGGCGACAACAUUUUAUCCUGCUGGUGCCACUGUAGUCGUCCUUAUUGCCAUAGCAUUGGCAACAUCUUUUGAAAAAUCAAAGUUAUUGCAAUACGAAGAAAUUCAUCUGCCUGGAAAUGACUACACGUAUUCUGGAGAGUUUUGA